CAAAUAAAGAAUAGGGAAUCAAUUGCAUUUAAGAUGUGUUUAUCGCCAGGACUAAAACCGCAAUGAUUUUGGGGUUUAGCUCCUUUAAAUCAAGGCUCGCACAUUUCUCCAUCUCUUUCUAGGGUUACUUUCUGAGUUUCUCUUACACAUAAUAAAAAAUGUUCAAAACCAUUGCAAUGUUGCUACUCUUACUUCAACUAACCUCCUCUUUCAUUGCAUUUGCUCAAGAGCUUUAUUCUGGUCACCCCGCUUACCCUCCUCACGCACCAGCACCACUUCACCCACCGGCAAACGCUCCUCACCACCAUCAUCACCACCACAAUCCCUCACCAACCCCUCCUCCUUUCCCUCACACUUCUCUUCAUCCACCAACUAAAUCAUCGGUUCACCCAAGGGCAAACACCCCUCACCACUAUCACUCAUCAUCAUCUGCCCCUACCAAUGUUCACACUCCUGUACACCCUCACCCUACUUAUAAACCUCCAGCCCAUCACCACCAUCAUCAUCACCCUCCUGCUCAUGCCCCUGCUGUUAAUACACUUGUUGUUCCGACAAACCCUCCAUUGCAUACAAUUGUACCUUCUAAACCCCCAACUCCCAACCAUCAUCACCCUCCAGCUCCUGCCCGUGUUCGCACACCUGUUGUUCCAACUCACCCACAAUUGCAUCCCACUCCUUGCCCUAGAAGCUUCAAUGUUGUUCAAGGUAUUGUUCAUGUCAAAUCAUGCGAGUAUGAUGGACUUAACAGUCUCUUGGGUGCUACAAAGCUUCUUGGUGUGGUUGUGGAGCUUCAAUACAAUAACACCAUGCACAAGUUCCAAAAGGUCAAAACUCAUAUGAGCUUUAUGGUGGCAUCAUUGAGAAAACGUUCGUUCGUGUAAAACUCUCAAAUCUUGGUGGUAUCAUUGGUGUUGUUCUUAGGCCAAAGAAGUCAUUUGCAUAAGAAUCUUUCUUUUAUUAUCGAUCUCUUAUGUUUGAGCCCAGGUGUCAUCAUUUGAAUUUUUUUAAAUUUAUAGAUUGUUGUUUUAAGGUCCUUUUGGUUCGGUGGUUAUGAGGGGAGAGAAGGG